UGCUCCAUUCCCAGUCACUUUAGUCUCUCUUUUUCUUGAAUGAGGCAAAUCCUGAGUUCGUCGUGAGUCAGAGCUAGCUACCUUCACUUCACUCACUCUUUCACUUUGUGUUUCAGAUUCAGCAGCAACUCUGCCCGCAUGCGUGCGUGAGGUAAGUGUUCUUCGUUUCAGAUGAAAACUACUUCAAAUCAAGGUUGUUGUACACACAUAUGUAAAAUAUCUUGAAUUCGAAGUGUGAAGGAUUUGCUGAGUUUCCCAAAGACAUGUGGUCAGCCUGUUUUCGGCAGAAAUGAAGAACUCCCAGAGCACACAAGAAUUACAGUCCCCGGCUCAAGCAUCUCGUGAAUCACAGAGUGAACAACCAAAAAAUCACACUACUGAUGCUCCUGUUACUGAUUCGGUUUCAGCAUCUGCUUCAAGCAAUGAUAGCAAAAAAAUUUCACGGCAGGAUAUAGAUCUUGUACAAAAUUUAAUAGAAAGGUGCCUACAAUUAUAUAUGAAUAAAGAUGAAGUGGUCAAAACACUCUUCGCUCGGGCAAAGAUAGAUCCUGGAUUUACAACUCUGGUAUGGCAGAAGCUGGAAGAGGAGAACACUGAUUUCUUUAGGGCCUACUAUAUCAGGCUAAAAUUAAAAAGGCAAAUACUUUUGUUCAAUCAUUUGCUUGAGCAUCAGUAUCAUAUGAUGAAGUAUCCCUUGCCUACAAAGAUUCCACUGGCUCCCAUACAGAAUGGAGUCCAUCCAAUGCCUGUCAACAACCUACCUAUGGGAUACCCUGUGCUACAGAAGUCUUCCAUUCCUGCAGCUGGUCAACCACAUCUUGACUCCAUGGGUAGUGGUAUAUCAAGUUGUCAUGUAGUUAAUGGAGUCCUGGCAUCAAGCAACUCCCAUCCCAUUAGAAUUUCCGGGAAUGGUAUGGUGAUGGACCACAGUGCUCCUGUUAUUCCACCAAAUAGUGCGAUGUCAUCCUUGUCAGAAAUGCCAGUGAGUCCGACAUCAGUAGCAUCCAAUGGUCAUUUCCCCUUCACUCCAUCAGAAAUAUCAGGAAUGGGCACCGAUACAUCUAUCCUUGAUACGGCAUUCACAUCUGAUGUGGCAAGCUCCGUAGGACUUCAACUUGCACCGGACAAUGGCACGGGGAUUUCCAGAUCCCUGGAUCAAAUUCAGUGGAAUUUUAGUCUAUCUGACUUAACAGCAGAUUUGUCAAACUUGGGAGAUCUAGGAGCUCUAGGAAACUAUCCUGGUUCACCAUUUAUGCAGUCUGAUUCAGAUAUUUUGCUUGAAUCAUCGGAUCAAAAGGACAUAGUGGAUGACUUCUUUGCUAAUACAGAGCCCCCAGGUUCUCCGUCAGACGAGGAGAAAUCUUAAGUGAAGUUGUAGCAAGUUAUGUUUCAGAUUAAAAUGGUUAGGUUGGGUAAGAUUAGGAUUAAUAAAUGUGUCGUCCAGAUUGCUCGGCGUACGAGCCGACAAAUGUAGCUAGCCUGAUGUAUAAAAUCAGGGCGAAGAUGGAAAACGUCAAUUGUUAGCUGAAGUAGUAAUCUUGAGUUUUAUUUUUCAGAGAAAGUGCUAUUUGGAAAUGUUAGGUGGUAUGGUAAGAAUGUGUAAUUGAUGCAUUUGGAUAUAUAUUGGUUGGUUCACAUUACACUACUAAUGAGAACUAUUCUUCAUGCAGAAUAAUUUUACUUUGUUGGAGAUGA